AUGGUUGCUCGCGCGCACAAGGAAUUGGCGGCGGUGGACGCGUUGAAAGGCCACGGGUUUGAGUUCCUCGCAUUCAACCAGUACAUUCGGACGGGGUACCGCGUGCACCACACGUGGCACGACUGCGUGCUGUCGUUGUUUCAGCUGCACAACGAAACGUGGAAUGUCUGGUCGCAUCUGGUCGGUGCCGUGGUGUUUCUCGUGCUGACGCUCCACCACGCUACGCUGCAACUUCACGACAUGGACGUAUUCGCGGCGUACAUGCCGUCGUCGCUGGGACGGCACGCGCUGCCUCUGCAUCUCCGCCUUGGACCGCACACGCCGUUGUCGUCCAGCAUGUCGUCGUCGAUUGAGCAGGUCCCGCCUGCGUCGUUCAUCCAGACCCAUGCCCAACACGUGUCGACGUGGCCGAUCAUUGCCUACACUACCGGCGUGUGCAUUUGCUUUACAUGUAGCGCCGUCUACCAUCUCCUGUACAUCCAGUCGCGAGCAUGGUGCGACUGGUUCACCCAGGUGGAUUAUGCCGGGAUCAUCGUGCUCAUCGCGGGUGCGUUUGUUCCGCUGGUAUCGUAUUCGUUUUACUGCAAACCCGACGUCGUCGUUGCGUACUUGAGUGUCGUGGGCAUGCUUGCCACCGCGUCGCUCGUCGCGUCGUUCGCGCCGUCCUUCCAAGCGCACCCCCACAUCCGGACGGCAGUCUUCCUCGCCCUGGCAGGUUUUGGCAGUGUCCCCGUCAUGCACGUCAUCCAACAAGACGGCCUUUUACACGACCACACCCAAUUGACGCUCCACGGCAUCGCCACCACGUCCGCCGUCAAUCUUGUCGGCGUUUCUCUGUACAUGCAGCGACUCCCAGAGCGGGCGUUCCCCGGCCGGUUUGACAUGGUCGGGAGCAGCCACCAGUGGUGGCAUCUCUGCGUCUUCAUGGCUGCCUUGAUGUACUAUGCGUAUGCAAUGCGGCACUACGAGUGGCGCUGCAUGACGCCAUGCUCAUAG